AUGUUCAAUGCUGGGAGAUACCUCAGAGCAAGCUACUAUAAGAACAAGAACACUUUUCAUGUAAAGGGAAGCAGACAUUUGCAUGGAUUCGCCAAAAGUAGAAGCGUGCAGACAAAUGCCAUCAAGAGAAAAGAUAGAAUAAAUAGGGGGAAGUUUUUAAAAUUCAAGGAAAAGCUGCAACUCAUCAUUUUCAGCUCCGUAUACUUUUUUGCGUGCGACUAUGUUUACCAUGUGUAUGUGCUGCGCGCCAACGCCAGCAGAACCGCCAAUAGCACCUCCAACCACAGCGGCGAAGACGCGCGGAAUGAUGCAAAAUACAAGGAUGAGCACACCGGUGGGGAGGGGGGGUUUGGCACAACCAUGAUGGAGUAUAUCAAAUGGAUGAACAUAUUUUCUAGUGCACAGGGAAAGGAUGGACAACAAUUAAAGCAACAGGACGGUGAAUGUAGGGGGGAAAAUGACGACCACAAGGUGAAGGGUCAAAAAGCUUCCCAUAAAAAGGAUCAUCUCUCAAGCGACAGAGGUGAUGCAAGAAUUUGCAGCGUAUGUGAGGAAGACCCAUACGAAAUAAAGAUAAAUCGCGUUAAGCGAAGCAGCGGGAAGGAGGAAAGUAGUAAAACGGGGAAACCUGAUCAAUAUGGUCAAUCUUCCUAUGCCCGAAAUCAGAGAGACCAACAACAUAACCAUGACGGGAGUGGCAGUGGGCGAAGCCACCCUAACAACGGCACUCCCCAGCGAAGUAGCAUCGGGGGAGAGGAAAAAAACAUGAAAGAUCUAAUUGUGAGUAACUUUUACAGGAAUGAUCUUUUCAAUGGGUGUAAUUUAUUUCUGUUCGCCAACGGAGUUGUGUUUUUAUGUUGGCGUCUAAGUGACGUCGCAGGAAAUAAAAAACUUUUCCACUUCAUGUGCAGGAACUUUAUCUGCUCAUAUGAAAAUGUUAGAAGAAAAUAUUACCACACGAUUUUUACAGCCUCCAUGAGCCACAUCACUCUUCCUCAUUUUUUAUUUAACAUGUGGGCAUUCCAUACCAUAAGUAACACCCUGUUGAGUCCAGAAAUUAAAGAGAACAAAACAAAUUAUUAUUUUUUUUUUAAUUAUAAAUCGAGCGUGUUGGAAAAAAAAAUGACAGACAAGGAUAUCAUGAAAAUAUAUGCCUUAUCUUCCAUCGUUUCGACUGUCCCCUAUAUUCUUUUACACAGAAGCAAUCAACUGCUAGGAGCAUCUGGAGCUGUUAUGGGCCUUGUGUACAUUUUGUCCACAGUUAAACCAAAUGAGGUCUUCGUCUCAUUAUUUCCUCUUCCAUACCUAAAGAUGACAUCCCUGCAGCUAUGCCACCUGUCCAUUUUAACCAAUUUUGUAUUUCUUUUUUGUAGAAGAAAUCAUUUCAACAUUGCGUGGCUAGCACAUUUAUUUGGUCUAAUGGGAGGGGCAUUGUAUAAUUUGUACCAGAGAAAAAAAAACAGUAAUAUGAAUUACUAUCCCUUUAUUGAAUUGUCCCUAAAAAAUGGACCCAUUGAUUAUCUCAAUUCUUAUCUAGACUUUGUAGAUUUUAUUAAAUGCCUGCAGCUCCAAGUUAGGAUUUUCUUUUCCCUCGACCCACAUGCCAUGCAAAGCAUGAACAGGAAAAUCAUCUCCAUUAAAAAUAUGCAGUCGCAGAGACGCAUGAUGUACCACAAGUUGAAGGUUAAAAAUUUAGAGGCCAUGUCCAAGUGA